ACCAGUUGCCAAGAUGGCGGCGCACAUGAGAAUUCUAAAGUGCCGGAGUAAUACUUUCAUAAACGUCAGUUUAACCCAUAUAUUAGGCUUAAGAGAAUGCAUACCAAGGUCAUACUCUCCGAAUACAAGAUAUUUCACAUCCAAAAGAGUGCGCCGGACAUUUAUAGAUUUUUUCGAGGUACAUCACCAGCACAAAUGUGUGCCAUCCUCACCAGUUCGUCCAAGGGGCGACCCAAGUCUUCUUUUCGUUAACGCAGGCAUGAACCAGUUUAAACCCAUAUUCUUGGGAGCAGUGGACCCUCGUAGUGAAAUGGCUACCUACCGUCGUGUGGUAAACAGUCAGAAGUGUGUCCGCGCUGGGGGGAAACACAAUGACCUGGAGGAUGUCGGCCGAGAUGUCUACCAUCACACAUUUUUUGAAAUGCUUGGAAACUGGUCCUUUGGGGAUUACUUCAAGGAGGAAACUUGUGCCAUGGCCUGGCGUCUGCUCACAGAGGAGUAUGGGAUACCUCCGGAGCUUCUCUACAUCUCGUACUUUGCUGGCGAUGCCACCUCGGGGUUACCUGCAGAUGAGGAAACACGGCAGAUCUGGCUGAGCAUCGGGGUGCCUCAGGAUCACCUCUUGCCUUUUGGGAUGAAGGACAACUUUUGGGAAAUGGGAGAGACGGGCCCCUGUGGUCCCUGCACCGAAAUUCACUAUGACCAUGUUGGUGGCCGUAAUGCUGCCUCACUGGUCAACACUGACAGUCCUGACGUGGUGGAAAUCUGGAACUUGGUCUUCAUGCAGUACAACAGAGAGGCAGACCACAGCCUGCGGCCGCUCCCUCAGUUCAGUGUGGACACGGGGAUGGGACUCGAGAGACUGCUGGCUGUUCUCCAGGGGAAGCGCUCCAACUAUGACACUGAUCUCUUCAGCCCCCUGCUCUCUGCCAUCCACCAGUGCUCUAAAUGCCCUGAGUACAGGGGAAGAGUUGGCGUGGCAGAUGAGGGGAAAGUGGACAUGGCUUACCGUGUGGUCGCAGAUCACAUUCGAACCCUUUCAGUCUGCAUUGCCGAUGGCGUCUACCCAGGCAUGUCUGGGGCGGAGUUGGUGCUGCGCCGCAUCCUCAGGCGAGCUGUGAGGUACAGUGCAGAGAUCCUGCAGGCUCCGGAGGGGUCGCUGGCAGGCCUGGUCCCCACUGUGGCCCUCGUCCUGGGUGAUGCUUAUCCUGAGCUUCAUAAAGAGACUAGCCGAAUUAUGGAUAUAAUUAACGAGAAUGAGGCCCAGUUCCUGUCAUCUCUGAAGCAAGGGCGCAGGGUGAUUGACAGGACCCUUCAGAGGAAAGAUUCAAGCGACAACCUGUUUCCAGCGCAUGUGGCCUGGUCACUACACCGUAACCUUGGCUUUCCCAUCGAUCUCAUCAAGCUAAUGCUGGAGGAGAGGGGUGUGACUGUUGACGAGAAACAGCUGGACGAGUUGGCGACCGACAACAAAAAGCUGACAUGUCAGACCCAGGCCUCUGAUGGGCAGGCCCCCCUGGACGUCCACAGUCUGGCUGAACUGCAGAGCCAAGCAGUCCCUCACACAGACGACUCACCCAAAUACAACUACAGCCUUGGCCACCACGGCAAAUAUGUCUUUCAUCCAUGCUCAGCCACCGUGCAGGCACUGUACUGUGGGCAGGCUCUGGUGUCUCAGGUGUGGGGGGGGCAGCGCUGCGGUGUGGUGCUGGACCGCACCUGUUUCUAUUCUGAGCAGGGAGGCCAGUCACAUGACCAUGGCUACUUCAUCAGGGAAGGACUGCAGGACGUCUUGUACCCUGUGGAGUCGGUGCAGCUCGCUGGGGGGUAUGUAGUCCAUCAAGUCACCACUGCAGAAGUCCUCAGGAAAGGAGACCAAGUUCAGCUGUAUGUUGAUGAGGCCCAGAGACUGGCCUGUAUGGUCAAGCACACAGCCACCCACGUGCUGAACUUUGCCCUGCGGCAGCUUAUGGGCCCAGCGGUGGAGCAGAGGGGCUCUCACGUGUCAGCUGAGCGGCUGCGCUUCGACUUCAGUGUCAAGGGUUCCUUGAGUAUUCCCCAGCUUCAGGAAAUUGAAAGAAGCAUCAAAGACGUCAUCACUGAGAAUGAGUGUGUGUACAUGGAGGAGAUCCCCCUGGCCAAGGCCAACCAGAUCCCAGGACUGAGGAAAGUUGAUGAGGUGUAUCCUGACCCGGUGAGAGUGGUGUCCGUGGCCAUGCCUGUGUCCAGCCUGCUCAACUCCCAGACACACACGCCAACCUCAGUGGAGCUGUGCUGUGGAACGCACCUGCUGAGCACAGGGGAAAUCCGUGACUUGGUCAUCGUGUCUGAGAAGCAGACGGUGAAGGGGAUCAGCCGCAUUGUGGCCUUGACCGGAGAUGAAGCCAAACAGGCUAGAGAAGCUGGCCAGGCCCUAGCCCAGGAGGUGGGCUCUCUGGCCGCACGGCUGGCUGCAGCCACUGCCCCCUCACUCCCAGAAGCCCACCGUCUCUCUAAGGAAGUGGGCUUGCUGACAGAUGCAGUGGAUUCCACUCCUAUUCCCCAGUGGCAGAGGAGAGAGCUCCAAAGUCAACUUAAAAGUUUACAAAGGUCCACUAAGACAACCAUAAGGAAACUAGAGACCAAAGAGGCUGCAGUUAAAGCACAGAUUCUACUCCAGAGGAACAGCACCAAGCGCCUGGUUGUGGAUAUCAUAGACACGGACUGCAUAUCGGUGGUGAUGAAAACAGUCAACCAGUACAGUGACAAAGCCCCUGAUAGUCUGGUCAUGCUACUUUCUCACCAAACACCAUCUGGGAAAGUGCUGUGUGCCUGCCAAGUGCCAAAGGGCUAUAGUGCACUGUCUGCGGAUGACUGGGCCCUGGCUGUGUGUGCUCAUCUAGGAGGGAACGCUGGUGGCUCUGUCACAGUGGCUAAAGGCACCGGGAGUACCAGGGACAUCACAGAGGCUUGCCGGUGGGCAGAGCAGUACGCACGGGGCAAAGGCUGCAAUGGACCCUGAACUUGAGAGACUUCUAUUGGCUUGGGAACGCACAUUAUUCAUUUAUUUAAGAGUACUAUACCUGGUGUUUGUUUUCUGUUGUAACAAGAAACAUGGACAAUGU